CUCGGUUCUGUUUUGGUUCUGUGGUGAAGCUCUAACUUAAUGCUGUGUCUCUCCAAACUCUGAAAUGUGACUAACCUUGACGGGUUGCUGUUGCGAACAGACAGGCUGGACAUAUUUUCUCACGCUCAGGGCGGACUGCCAGGUGCAGAACACUGACUUAUCGGCUUAAAACUGAAAAGAUGAAAACCAAGAGGGACGACAUCAUUUUUCAGACUCUCCUCUUGAUCCACAUCCCUGUGGCCUGCUUCUUCACUGCAGUGUCAUGUCAGGCUGAGAGCAGCAGCGUGGUUGUGGCAGGUUAUAAUGUGAGCUCCCGCGCUGGUUCAAAGCUGGUGCUGCAGUGUGUGAGCAGCCGGAUGGUGUGGACCAGGGACAGGGUGAGAGACAGGCAGAGGGUGAUCCACUGGGAUAUGUACCGGGCUUAUCCGGACUACGCCAUGGAAAGGGUAGUGGACAUGUUCUCAGCAGGAGAACAAAGGAUGUACAACUCCUACAACCUGGGCAGGGUUGGUCUCAACCCGACAGCCUUCAAAGAUGGAAACUUCUCCCUGGUUAUCAAAGAUGUGACGAUGAAUGACCGAGGUCUGUACUCCUGCAACCUCCACCAUCUCUACUGCAACUUUUACGAGACAGUCAGAGUCCAGCUCAAUGUCACUAAAUCACGCCGUAAAGAACAGCGAUACUGGAAUGGGCAUAAUGCCGUGUUCGUGGUGCUGCUUGGGAGCACUGCAGUGCUGCCGUGCACCAACCGACGUAGUGUGUGGACAGACUGGAGCGACCAGGAGGAGGAUCAGCAGGUGGUUCACUGGGACCGUCAGGCUCCAGGAAUUUCCCAUGACCGAGCUGACCGGCUUGUGGACCUGUACGCCUCUGGGGAGCAGCGGAGCUAUGGACCUCUGUUCCUUCAGAGGAAGAUGAAUAUCAGCAAUCACGCCUUCUCCGAAGGAGACUUCUCACUCACCAUAUCUGAUCUGCAGCCAGCAGACCAGGGGCUGUAUUCCUGCCACCUCCACCAUCAUUACUGCGGUCUCCACGAGAGAAGAGUAUUUCAGGUCACAGUGGAGCCUUCGCUGGUUAAGCCAACAAUGCCGGCUAAAUCACUGCCCAGCGAAGACAAGGAGACAGCUAAGGCUGAAUCACCACGAGUCAUCACCGUCAUCUUGCCUGAGCAAAGGCACCACUUUCUCCUGCCUCUGGGCUACGUCCUCACCUCCUUCCUGCUCCUGGCAUUUGUUGUCCUCAUCAUCGUUGUCAUCUUACGACGACGCACGACCAAAGAAAUGUAUCCUCAGUCGUAUAUGGGGCCCAGCAGAAGUCAGAGCUGCUCAGAUGAGUUUGAGAUGGACGUUACUGAGGUGAAUGUGUGCAGCCCGGAGGAAAGAAGAUUCGACUACAAGAACAACCUGCUGAAAGAAAAAGCCCACGUGAAAACUCAGCCAAAAUUCAUUGAUCUCGACAAAGAGAUGCAGAAGUUCUCUAAGUGAAAUAAAAGAAGUGGAACUGGAGUCACUGGCUGGUCCAGAGGCUGCGCUCCAAGAUAAACACCUCCAUACCGUCUUCUGUCCUGUCAGGAGAGAUGCCGCAGAGAGAAACGCAGUGUUGCAAAAAUCUGUGUUGUGACAUUCAGAAAAAGAACACUGAGGUUUUGUGUUGCCAAAUUGUAGAUAUUAGAUACAAACAGGACUGUGAAAAAGUAUACGCCCCCUUCCUCAUUUCUUAGUUUGUUUGUGUAUUUGUCACACUUACAUGUUUUAGAUCAUCAAACAAAUUUUACUAUUAGACAAAGAUAAUCAGAGUAAAUACAAAAUCCAGUUUUCACAUGGUGAUUUCAUUUAUUAAUUGGUUUAAAAAAGAAAUAUCCAAAAAUGCUCUGGGAUUCCAGUGAGCCAGAGUGAGAGCCAUUAUCCACAAACGGAGGAUAAUGGACUUGGACCAGUGCUGAACUUUACUAGGAGUGGCUGCCCCACUAAAAUUGCUCCAAGAGCGCAUCGACAACUCAGGGCAACUCCAGGAGUUCACAAAAGAACCCAGAACAACAUUUAAAGAGCUGCAGACCUCACUUUUCUUAGUUAAGGUCAGAGUUCAUGAUUCAACAGUUGGGAAAAAAAUAAUAAGACUGAGCAAAAAUGGCAUCCAUGGGAGAGCUCCAAGGAGAAAACCACAGCUGACUGAACACAACAAAAAUCUCAUCUCACAUUUGGAAAAUAUUCUGUGGGCAAAGGCUGAACUUUUUGGAAGGUUUCAGUCCCGUUACAUGUUGUGUAAAUCUAAAACAGCAUUUCAUAAAGAGAACAUGGUGGUGGCAGUGUUGGCUAAUCGAUGGAACCAUUAAUUCUGCUCUCUACCUAAAAAUCCCGUCUGAUCGUCAGUUCGUGUUUUCGCAACAGGACAAUGGUCCAAAACACACUAGCAAGGCCACCUCUGAAAUGUUUAAAAAAGUGUUUUGGAGUGGCCUAGUCAAAGUCGGGACUUGAAUCGGAUUGAGAUGCGUGGGCCAAAAUUCCUCCACACUGGUGUCAAAGACUCAUCGACAAUGAUCACAACCACUUGAUUGUGAAACUUGAUUGCCUAAUAACUGGUUGUGCCACAAUGAGGGUGAAUACUUUUUCACACAGGGCCGGCUUGGUUUGGAUCACUUUUUUC